CCCGCCCCCGCCGGGCGUGCCGCGCUGACGUCACCGCCGGGCUCCGCCGCAGCCCCAGCGCAGGCCGCGCCGCCAGACGGAGGUGCCCGCCGCUCUCCCGGCCGCCAUGCCCUCCGACCGGCCCUUCAAGCAGCGCCGCACCUUCGCCGAUCGUUGUAAAGAAGUACAGCAGAUCCGAGAGCAACAUCCAAACAAAAUCCCGGUCAUCAUUGAACGCUAUAAAGGGGAGAAACAGCUGCCAGUGCUGGACAAGACCAAGUUCCUUGUCCCAGACCAUGUCAACAUGAGUGAAUUGGUCAAAAUAAUCCGGCGUCGCUUGCAGCUGAAUCCCACCCAGGCUUUCUUCCUGCUGGUGAACCAGCACAGCAUGGUGAGUGUGUCUACCCCCAUCUCGGAGAUCUACGAGCAGGAGAAAGAUGAGGAUGGCUUCCUCUACAUGGUCUAUGCUUCCCAGGAGACCUUUGGAUACUGAGACUUCCUGAGAGGUGGCAUCUGGAGACAGAUGAACUGUGGCGCACAGCCUCCUGGCCUUGGAAGACAACACAACCAGGGGCUCACAAGAGGGGAACUGUGCUGACCCUUUCUCUCCCUCCCCUUCCCAUCACCCUGUCACCAAAGAGGCUUAUGGCGUGUCGGACUUGCAGAACCCUUCACCUCUGUGUAGAUUAGUCCCACUCCCUCCACACACAUACCCACGUGCGCGCAUAGGUACAGACACCCACGCACACACGUUGGGCCUCGGCUGCCCAUCCAGUCCCCUUCGUGUAACCUUCAGCUGCUCUCACUGUGCUCUGUGUGUGUGUGUGCAGCCGACAAGAUGCUGUCGCCUUCACUUUCAGCACAGGGAGAGCCGUCGCUCCUCCAAGACACUAAUAAAGGACAGGAGGUCUGCAAAAGCAGCAAACAAAUGUUACCAUUGCUCCUGAGUUUUCACUGAUUUUAAUUAUACCCAUACCAGAUUCUUGGUGCUACUGAGUAGAUUUAGGCGUCUCUGUAGGACUGUGGAUAAUGUAUAUCCUUUAGAUUUAUUUUAUUGUUUUUUUUGUUUGGUGGUUUUGGGGUUUUUUUUGUUGUGGUUUUGUUUUUGUGCGUGUUUUUUUGUUGGGGUUUGUUGGUUUUUUGGUUUUUUUUUGGGGGGGGGACUGAUUGGAACAGGGAAAGUGGGCAGUCUUUCCUGUAUUCCGUAGGUAAAUAAGUCAGACUUCUUUGCACUUCAAAGCAUAGUAGAUGUCAGAGUGGAAUUUACUUUUAAUUUAUACAGGUUUGCCAUAUAUAGUGCUGCUCAUCUGUUGACAGCUGUACCUAGAUUGUAUUUUUUUAAAAUAAAAUCAAUUUUCUUCUCUUUGUCACCCCAUUGCAUGCAAUUUUUCAGUCUCAGUGUGGCUAAGAGGUUGCUUAAGGAAUGUACUGAUUUAUAUUUGCUAUGUUCCUGUUCCUGUUUCUCAUGUAUUAUACCAAAAAAAGUAUAUGAUAAAAUCCCACCCAGUUUAAUCUAUACAAAGGUGUGUGUGUAUAUAUAUCUAUAUAUAAAAUAAACAUAAAUUUAAGUCGUGUCUUGUA